ACAGUGUGUUUGAGUAUGCUAGAGUGGCAUCGUUUAUGUCAUUGCUUCCAAACAAGAAGUUAUUUUUGUUUCCAUAAAACCUGUUACUCUGUUACCUCAACAACAACUAUCGUCAUCGCUUGGGGUCAUUUCUCGAGUUCGCAGCUUCAGAAGCGAUCUCAUUUUCAGACGACCCAUCAUACUAAGAAGAACCACACGCUAAAAACGUACAAAAUGAAGAUUUUCCUCGUUUUCAUAGGUGUUUUUGUUGUGUCCAUCAACGCCCAAUUCGAUUAUGGUUACACGGAAGAUUCACCAGCAGACAAAAUCAAAGAUAAUCCCGGAAAAUGUUUCGUGGACGGCGUUGGAUUGAUGGACAAAGGAGCAGAAGCCAAAGUUAGUGGAAAAUGCGAAAAAGUUUCGUGCUUAGAUGAGGGAAAAUACCGAGUGAAAAAAUGUCCACCAUUGGCAGUUGAACCGCCAUGCUACGCUGUUUAUCCAGAUGUAUCUUUUCCAGAAUGCUGUACUUUCAAAAUAGAAUGUCUCCCGCGUAAGCCAACACCUGUUCCUCCCACAAGAAGAAAUUAGCGAGCUUUUCACUUAUUUCUCAUGAAUUAUAUCACUUUUUGUUCGAGAUAAUAAAAUAUUUAUAUCA